CUCUCCUCCUUUCUAUCCUCCCACAGUCAGCUCUCUUUGCCUCUGCAGGGAGGGGGGUAAAACCCUGGGUGUCAAGUCCUGUGUUUCACACCCCCUCCUGUGGGUAUUUCCCACCUGAGGAGGGGGCCUAGGUCUCACAGCAAAGAGGGGAUGGGUGAAGAACAGGGUCACAUUGACAGCUGCAUGCUGCACUCCCAAAGUGACAGCUCCACGCUGCGCUCUCUCAGCAUUUCUGUGGAUGAACAGAAUGUCAUUCCAGGAGCUUUGAGACUCAUCCAUGAACUAAGACCUGACUGGAACCCCCGGGAUGUGCAGACAAAGCUUUUCACUGAUGGACUCACCAACAAGCUGCUGGCAUGUUUUGUGGAUGCAAAGAUGGAUGAUGCAGUGCUGGUGCGUAUCUAUGGAAAGCGCACAGAGCUUUUUGUGAACAGGGAAGAUGAAGUGACAAGCUUCCAAUUGCUGGGGGCUCAUGGAUGUGCCCCUGCUCUCUACUGCACCUUUCAAAAUGGACUCUGCUAUAAGUUCAUGCGCGGCCUUGCUCUGGGGCCAGAACAUGUGCGAGAUACUCAGAUAUUUAGACUAAUCGCACAUGAAAUGGCUAGGUAUCACUGCAUCCCAGCUCACAAUGGCUGUAUCCCAAAGUCUGGACUGUGGCAAAAACUUGACAAGUAUCUAUCCAUCCUGAACAUUGAUGAGGGAUUACCAGACAGAUGGCCCGCAGGAGCUCCCAGUUUAAAGGACUUAGAGAAUGAGCUUUCUUGGUUACAAAAGUAUCUUCCAACCCUGGAGUCUCCCAUAGUUCUUUGCCAUAAUGAUUUACUAUGUAAAAACGUUAUCUACAAUGAAGAAGAGGGUCAUGUACGGUUUAUUGACUAUGAAUACACUGGAUACAAUUACCAAGCCUAUGAUAUUGCUAAUCAUUUCAACGAGUUUGCAGGAGUGAGUGAACCAGAUUAUCGGUUAUUCCCUGGCAGACAAGCACAACUGCACUGGCUUCGACAGUAUCUUGAAGCUUAUAGGAGGAUGAAAAAUGAAGAGGGUGAUCUACAAGAACAGGAGGUGGAAGACCUAUAUGCACAGGUCAAUCAGUUUGUUCUGGCAUCUCACUUUUUCUGGGGUCUCUGGGCUCUAAUUCAACACAGAUUUUCUGACAUCGAUUUUAACUUUGGACGGUAUGCAGUAUUACGGUUUAAUCAAUAUUUUGAAACAAAAGCAGAAGUGAUUCCACCACAGGCCAUGAACUGAAGAGGGUCUUGUCUGGCCAGAUCAUGGGCAAACUGCAAGAAUAAGCUCGACAGAGAUAAUCUGCACUCAUAAACAUGACUUCUGGACACUAAGGGGCAGUUCAUAUCUGCUGAAGCAUCUCAAUACCAUGUUUGUUGAUAAUAUGGCUUUCCAUGCAAUGUAUCAAUUUCAGUUGCAUUGAACACUCAAUAUUAAAGGGACGCUAUAGUCACGAAAACAACUUUAGCUUAAUUUUCGAGUGUAUAGAUCAUGCCCCUGCAGUCUCAUUGCUCAAUUCUCUGCCAUUUACAAGUUAAAUCACUUUGUUUAUGCAGCCCUAGUCACACCUCCCUACCUGUGACUGACAGAGCCUUCCUAAACACUUCCUGAAAAUAGUCAUCUAAUGUUUACACUUCCUUUAUUGCAAAUUAUGUUUAAUUUAACAUGUAUCUCCUACUCUGUUAAUAGCUUACUAGACCCUGCCUGAUCCUCCUGUAUGUAAUUAAAGUUCAGUGCAGGAGAUAAAACCUUUCAUUGAAAAUGAAACUAUUUGGUUUUCGUGCAGGCUGUGUCAGUCACAGUCGAGAGAGGUGUGGUUAGAACUGCAUAAAGAGAAACAAAAGUUAUUUAACUCCUAAAUGGCAAAUAAUUGAGCAGUGAGACUGCAGGUGAAUGAGCUAUACACUAAAACUGCUUCAUUAAGCUAAAGUUUUUUUGGUGAUUAUAGUGUUUCUUUAACCCUCAUCCAUUCCAGAGCUAGAUUUUGGAAUAACACAAUGUAUUUUUUUUUUUAUCCCUGUUGAUCUUCAUAUCAUGUCCUACUUCUAGUUUACUACUGACUAUUAAUAAUUACUGGGUGGCACAAAAUGGAGGAAGGUCUAUGCAGCACAAAGUCUGAUGGUUAUGUUUGAAAAUCUAAAAUGGUGCCUAUAUUCUAUGCACUAAUACUUGAAAUGUAAUACCACAGUCUAAUGCCUCAUUCUAUUGCGUAGCAAUAAAAACAAAGUUUUGAUAAACCAGAAAAUACAUUAUUGUUACACAUUGCAAUGUAUUUUAUAUCUCAAACAAAAGUGGCUGUAUGUAACGACUUGAUCAGUAUGGCCCUAGAUGUGAAUUGUGAAAAUUUCCCUAAAACACUAGACUGCAUUCUAAAUUAUCAUCUGCUGCUGGAGAACUAAACUAUUAAAUGUUGAUAAUAAAAAAAAAAAA